AUACGCAUUCCGCACUCUAGAAGAAGCAGAAAAUGCUUUUGAAAAUUUUCAGUACUAAAAUCAUUUUUUUUCGGACUAAUUGAGGUCGACAAAAUAUAAUAUCAAAAUAUCAAAUAAUAGGUAUGAUGACACCUAAUUCUACUAGUUUGCAUCACUUUUUUGUAUAACGAUCAUGCAGAACGGCUAGCCCGAAGAAUAAGGAUGAUUGGCUCAUAGCAGUUUGUUAAAAUAGCUGAGAGAAACCGAAAUAAUAAACUAACAAAUCAAGAAAUUAUGAUCUGAAUCAAUCUUUUUCAGUCAUACUGUAUUCUGUUCUUCGCUAUCGGCCGCUGAGCCACCCCUCUCUUCGCACCACGCCGCUAUCAGCCGGAGCCCUCUCUUCGCACUCAGUCCUCGCUAGGAUUUACUCAUCUAUCAGCCGCUGAGCCACCCCUCUCUCCGCACCACGCGCCCCCCACUGCCCUAACCACAGAGAAGAGACCAUUUUUCGCCUUCUCUUUGCCCCUACGAGCCUCCUCACAAAGUUCUCUGCCCCUCAUCCCUCCCUUCAAGCCUUCUUCUCUGCACCCCAGGAAUUUGUGAGCGAAUAUAUGAUGGACAAUGCAGCCCAGGUUCCAACUGGUUUUGGGCACGAGCUGAGGGCCUGUCUUCGAUGCAGACUUGUGAAAACAUAUGAUCAGUUUAGAGAAACAGGUUGUGAGAAUUGUCCUUUCUUUAACAUGGAUAAGGAUCAUGAACGAGUUGUGGAUUGCACUACUCCCAAUUUUAAUGGGAUUAUUUCUUGCAUGGACCCAACAAAAAGCUGGGCAGCUCGAUGGUUGAGAAUUUCAAAAUUUGUUCCUGGUUGCUAUACCCUUGCUGUUUCAGAGCAACUCUCAGAUGAAAUGCAGAAUGUAUGUGAAGACAACAACGUGCCAUAUGUUCCACCAAAGCGCAUCUGAAAUAAUCGGGCAAUGCAGGACAAAGGUUAGGCAUGGUUUCUUCUCUUUGUAAGUUUUAUUCUUGGAGUGAAAGGCUGCAUGAUGGGUGGCUUUAGUUGUAUAUAUUUUACAAAUAUAUGGACUUCAAAAGGGAAAAUACAAGAGAAAGGGAUAUUUAGUUAUCAAAGAAAAAAGAUACGGUGAUCCAUGGUAUUUUUCCUAGUACAUCCAUGGAAAUAGCUGUUGGCAUGUCUCGACGAAAGGAAAGUCUCUAUUUUGUAGAUACGAUCAGGGUCAUAACAAUCUUGGUCGCCUUGCAUAUUCAUAGGAAAAAUUAUGCUUAUGGAAGUCUUUUAAUGUGCAGCACGCAGCCUUGAUGUUAGAGAUCGCAUUAUAGUAUGCCUAUUAAUUGAUUGGUAAUUUUUACAUUUCUUAGUCAUUGUCUGUGUGAUUUGGGCAUGUUAUAAUGUCAAUUUUGAUUAUUAG